AUGGUCGACCUCCCGCAGCAGCGCCAGCACGCCGUCCGCCCCGGCUCGAGCAAGGAGGCCAACCUGCUAGCCUGGGUCGAGGCGGCCGUCCUGCGCAUCAACCGGCGCCACGCAAAGAAGUUCUCCGGCAUGCAAACAAGGAGUGAACCAGGAAACGAAAGAAAGGAAAAGGAAGAAGAAAAAGGAGAAGAAAGAGAAGAAGAAGACGUGCCUGGCUACGAGUCCUUCAGCGAAGUGGCUGCUGACAUCGAGCGCGUCCUCGACGUCCUCUGGGUCAGCAACACCCCAACCAUCCAAGUGCCUUACAUGAUCACCCUGGCCGGGCUGGUCGACAGCUACCUGCGCGACUACGCCUGGCAGGCCCGCAGCACCUUUGCCCUGCUCGACCGGCUAGAUGCGAUGCUGGCUGCCCUUUUGGCGGCUGACGAGGAGGGAGAGAGAGUAGAAGGAGGAGGAGGAGGAGGAGGAGGGAGGAAGAGGGUGAGCAUGACGGAGCGAGUGAGGAUCAAGAGCCUGGUCGAGGGAACGCGAGUGACUGUGUUUGACGUCAGAGACGAAGCAGCAGAAGCCGACGACGACGACGAGGAAGACGACGAAGUAGACGCAGCAGUAGAGGCAGAAGAGGCUGAGGUCGGCCGCUGGGAGAUGGCGGCAGCGCGGGUCUACGAGAAGUCGCUCUCUCGUCUGUAG